AUGGAUAAAACAGUUGUAGAGGGAAUAGAGCUUGGACCAGUUAGCCAAGAUAUCAUGAAGAAUCAGGCAACCGUCAAUAUAGGAAUGAUUGGGCAUGUGGCGCACGGGAAGUCCACCAUUGUAAAAGCAAUAAGCGGAAUAAAAACUGUCCGAUUUAAAAGCGAGCUGGAGAGAAACAUCACCAUUAAGCUAGGAUAUGCAAAUGCAAAGAUAUACAAGUGCACAGGAGGCAUAUGCAAGAGACCAGAGUGCUACAUCUCCACUUCGAGUGCACAAAAGCCUCCAAAGAGCUGCAGAACAAAAAACUGCCAAGGAGCCAUUGUGCUGGAAAGACACGUCUCUUUUGUCGACUGUCCGGGACACGAAGUUCUCAUGGACACAAUGCUUACUGGCGCAGCAAUCAUGGAUGCAGCCAUUCUGAUCAUUGCAUCCAACGAGCAGUGUCCGCAGCCGCAGACAAUAGAGCACUUAAAUGCGAUUGAUGUCGUUAAUCUAGAUAAGGUAAUUAUUUUGCAAAAUAAGGUAGAUCUUCUGACAAGAGAGCAAGCCCUUGAGAACUACGACCAGAUUCAGGACUUUAUAAAAGAAUCUUCUGCGCGUAACUCUCCCAUCAUCCCCACCUCUGCGCAGAUAGGAUGCAACUUGGAUGCAAUAUUGGACUACAUUGUAAACUUUAUUCCUGUUCCUCUCAGGGAGUAUGGAGAGGCACCGCAGGUGCAGGUAAUUAGAUCGUUUGACAUAAACAAGCCAGGAUGCAAGCCAGCGAACUAUCAGGGCGGAGUGAUAGGGGGGUGCCUAACCAAGGGAUACCUGCAGGUAGGAGAAAUGCUUGAAAUUAGGCCGGGCAUCUUGGAAAAAGUCCAUGGUAAAUUAGCAUGCAAGCCUGUUAAAACAAAAAUUCUCUCUUUAUUUGCUGAGUCAAACUCUCUGAAGGUGGCUGUUCCUGGAGGGCUUGUGGGGAUAGGCACAGAGCUAGAUCCAUUCUUCUGCAGAGGAGACAAGCUGGUGGGACAAGUCCUGGGAAGGCCUGGGUCUCUUCCAGAGGUAUACAGAGAAAUGUCGAUAAGCUACCAUCUAUUUGAAAAGCUCACUGCUGAAACUCUCGCUUUAGGAAAACCGUUAGCUGUUAAGGAACAGUUGCUGAUAAACAUAGGAAGCAGCUCUAGCAGAAUACAGAUAACUGCAUCAAGCGAUAACAAAGCAUCUUUCAUCCUGGCUACGCCCAUCUGCGCAGAGAUAGGCGCGACUCUGAGCAUAUCAAGAAAGCUGCGAGGGCAUUGGAGGCUGAUAGGAGCUGGAAACAUAGAAAAAGGCGUAUGUUUGCCUAUUUUGGAAAUAUAA